GGAUGUCGUUGAGGACUCACAAUUAACGCUGAAAAUUCUGAUCUCUUGUGAACCUUGUUUGAUUGCUAUCUAUAAUUGCGUGGAACCACAACUAACGUUUGUGAAGAAAUUGCAGAGCUGCCCGGUCUCGUCACAUCCCCCGAACCACGACCCGACCCCGCCGAGGAUGGCCACUGCCGACCCACGACUGCGCGCGAGGCAGCAGGCUGCCGCCGCUGCACCUCCACCACCCCCGCCGCCGCCAGCUGAGCCCGCUUCCAUGGGUACGGACGGCGCCAGCGAUGCGCACGCAGAGCAGAAUAUGGUACCGGACGAUAGCUUCAAGCUCAAGUUCUGCACUGUGUGUGCGAGUAACCAGAACCGCUCCAUGGAAGCUCAUCUUCAGCUUGCCUCAGCCCAUCUCCCUACUAUCAGCUUUGGUACUGGCUCUCUCGUCCGUCUACCCGGUCCGACCAUCACGCAGCCCAACGUCUACAACUUCAACAGCACCACCUACCGCGCCAUCCACGAUGAGCUCGCCGGUCAGAACACGGCGCUCUAUACCCACAAUGGUCUGCUUAACAUGCUUGGUCGCAACUUGAAUAUCAAAGGCUACCCUGAGCGCUUCCAAGACUGGGUGCCUGGCAAGCCACGUCUGGACCACGCCGAAGACAAAGGUUCGCAGGGCACAGAGUCUGGUGUCGUUGACGUUGUCAUAACCUGCGAAGAGCGCUGCUUCGAUGCUGUGCUGGAAGACCUACACAACAAAGGCGGAAAGCUCAACCGCCCUGUCCACGUCUUCAACGUAGACAUCAGGGAUAACCACGAAGAAGCCCUCGUUGGCGGCAAAGCUAUCCUCGACCUUGCGCUCACUCUGAAUGAGGCCGCAGCUAAGGAGAGAGAGCAACAUGGCGAUAGCGGAUGGCAAUCCGGUGGCGGAGCUGCUCGAUCUGGCUUUGACGAGCGCGUUCCCGACAUCCUUGCGACCUGGCAAGAGCGCUGGCCCAACAUGCCCGCACUCUGGAGUUUGGCCUGGGUCUAGUUUCCUCACGGCGUUUAUUAUCCACAUUCGAUACCCAUACUGCAUAGCGAGGCGUUCUGGGCAGGACAUGCUUAUCUCUAAUGAGUUACCAACGAAUUCACGAUUCCAUUCAAGAUAAACUUUGGUGUUGACCGUCUUUCCCGUG